AUGCACAAACAACUGGCCAGAGAAUCGGCAUCAGGUCCGGUUGGGCUGGACACCCUCCCCUUCACACAAGGACCACUAGCCAAACCCCAACAUCCCACUGUCACAGCUGCUUUCUAUCAUCAUGCAGAAACUCAGCCUGAUGUCACUGCAGCUCGUGACCUAUCGGCACCGCAGACCAAAGAGAUCACCUACGGCGAUCUCGCCCACCAAGCCAACCAGCUGUCUCGGAAGCUCACAACGCUCGGAGUCAAGCCCGGAGACCGCGUUCCGCUGGUGGUAAAGCGAGGUAUUGACAUGCUGGUUGGUAUUAUCGCCAUCUUGUCGUGCGGUGCUCAGUAUGUGCCACUAGACGGCGGCGUCGUUCCCGACUCUACGCUGCGCUUCGUCCUCCAGCAGGCCAGUGGCAAACAUGUUCUAUGCCUCAAAUCAACAAAAGCUCGUUUAGAGACUCUGGGGCUGGCCUCCAGCAUCCUGGUCAUUGACGAGGAUCGGGAGAACAUCGCCAGGGAUACGCAAAUUCUACCUUAUCAGGAUUUAGCUGAGACACAUCACGGCUGUUAUGUGAUCUACACAUCCGGUACGACCGGUACACCCAAGGGAGUGGAUGUCACACACAAAAAUGUGACUAACUUAGUGUGCCUUUCGCCCGGAAACCUGGGUAUGUCACCCGGAACCCGAGUGGGUCAGGUAUUGAACAUUAGUUUCGAUAUGGCGGCAUGGGAGAUGCUGGGUUGCCUUUGCAACGGAGGAACACUGAUCCUCAGAGGCUCCAAGUGGGAGCCUUGUAUCCGAGAGAUCCAAGUCUUGAUCUGCACACCUAGCAUCUUGGCCAAAUAUGAUCCUCGUGAAUAUCCUAGCAUCAGAGUUGCUGCAACCGCCGGCGAACCGAGCUCUCAGAGACUCGCCGAUCUCUGGGCCACUCACGCUAAAUACUACAAUUGUUGCGGGCCUACCGAGACCACUAUCGUCAAUACCAUGCAUUUGCACCAACCGGGGCAAACUUUGACCAUUGGGAAGCCGACCCCGAACAACACUGUAUACAUCCUUGACGAUCAGGGCAACGCAACCGACGUCGGUGAGGCUGGCGUGAUGUGGGCCGGCGGCCAUGGCAUUUCCCGGGGUUAUGUCUCCCUUCCGGGGAAGACAGCCGAGAGAUACAAGCUAGAUCCAUUUGCCGAUGAUGGGUCUAUGAUGUAUAACACCGGGGAUCUGGGUCGUUGGAGACAAGACGGCUCAAUUGAAAUUCUGGGAAGAGUUGACGAUCAAAUCAAAAUAAAGGGCUUUCGGGUUGAGCUUGACGGAGUCACCACCUCCCUGAACACCUGCCCCGUUGUGUCGAGAGCAGCGGUUUUGUUCAUUGAUAACGAGCUUCACGGUUUCAUAGCGCCUAGAGACUGUGAUCUUGACACAAUCCAAGUUCAUAUCCGAGCUCGCCAGCCAUACUACGCCAUCCCAAGCAAGUUCCACUUUGUCGACUCCUUGCCUCUAACCUCCAAUGGCAAAGUAGACAAGCGAGCGUUGAAGGAUAUGGUUACCAACGAAACUCCCCUCAAGGGGGAGACAAUUACGAGUAUCAGAAAGAUCGACUCAAAUCAUUCUCUCUCCACCGACGGCCAAUCUACUGCCGUGGACGAGAGCUCACAGUCUUCCGCAUCCAGCUUCACGGAAGUCGACGAGAAGCCUGACCUGGGCCGUGACAUACCUGCCAAAACACAUGGGAAACCGGUCCGUGGCUUCAUUCACCGCAUUGCAAUUGUGUAUCGCCGCUUGUUUACGAUUGUCGGUCUUUUCAACAUUGCAGCUGUUAUUAGUCUUCUUUUCGCUGGUUUCAAGAGAGAAUGGCUCGCGAAUCUCACGGCAAUCAACCUGGUCGUCGCAGUCCUCAUCCGCCAGGACUUCGUCGUCAACGCUCUUUACACAAUCACCUGCUCUGUCCCGAAGUCGUGGCCGCUUAGCAUCAGAAAGAGAUGUGCUAAGAUUAUUCACCUUGGAGGAGUCCACAGCGGAGCAGCCGUCUCGGCUGGUGCCUGGCUUCUCGCAUCAAACAUCAGUGAUGAAGUUUGCCAGUUGACAGAUUGCCCCAACUGGGGUUACCAGUCCACCGCCUCAAAGGUCAUCUCAUGGAUGCUUACUGGUCUGUUUACUAUUACAAUUGGCCUCGCUUGGCCCUCAUUCAGAAAGAAGCACCAUGACAUAUUUGAGAUGACGCAUCGCUUCGUUGGAUGGACCAUGCUCGGAAUGUUUUGGGCCCAAACCGUACUCGCUGCCAACGACGGAAAAGAACCGUCGAUGUCCUUGGGAGAAGCCUGCCUUCGAACCCCUGGCCUCUGGUUGCUUGCAAUUGCGACCCUAAGCAUUGCGACCUCCUGGUUCUUUCUCCGAAAGGUUCCUGUGGAUGCCGAAGUACUCUCUAAUCACGCUAUCAGGCUGCACUUUGACUAUACUGUCCCUGUCAACGGCACAGCUUCCAAACUAUCGAUGCGGCCUCUCCUUGAAUGGCAUUCUUUUGCCACCAUCCCGGCGCCCGAGAGCGUGGGGCAGCGACCGAAGGGAUACUCUCUCGUAGUGUCUAAUGCGGGCGAUUGGACCAAAAAUUGCAUCGAGAAACCACCUACUCACAUCUGGGUACGGGGAGUGCCUACUUGUGGAGUCAUGCGCAUUGCAACUUGCUUCAACCGGGUUGUUGUCAUCGCGACUGGGUCUGGUAUUGGGCCCCUCCUUGGGCACAUUCAGGAACCUAGCUGCGCGACGCAGUUGAUUUGGUCCACCCCAAAGCCUGAGCAAACUUUCGGAAAAGAAAUGCUUGAUUCCAUCAAGGCCAAAAUUCCAAAUGCGGUGAUUCAUGAUACGAAACUUCUUGGCCGACCUGACUUGGUCAAGAUGGGGUACAACUUGGCAAAGAGCUUUCAAGCAGAGGCGGUUAUCAUUAUCGCAAAUGAGAAGAUCACGAAGAAGGUGGUAUAUGGUCUUGAAACCAGAGGAAUCCCCGCAUAUGGCGCUAUUUGGGAUUCUUGA